AUGCCUCGGUGGCUGUCGCUUGUCGUACAUAUCUUUCUUUCAUCCUCGAAUCUUCAAUAUCCUCCCAUCUCCGAGUUCCCGAGUCGUCGAGUCAGCAACGCAGCUGCAAGCAGACGUUUAAAAGCAUGCUGGGUGCAUCUUGCGAACGCCAUCGCGUCCCGGCACCUGGUGUAUGAGUUUAUGAUCCUUCAUAUCUAUACUCGUGCACCUCGUCUAGAUCAGGCAGCGCCAAAAGCAAGACAGACCGCAUGGCUGCAGUGGGUAAUUCGGGUAAAAACGAUACGGAAGCGGUUGGCCGAAAACCUUACGGCUCAUCUGGCGGGAGAUGUAGAGAAGCUUAUUUAUCAGCCUGUGGUCGACGCUUGA